AGUCGAAUGGACGCGCGCGAGUUUUUUUUUCUCCGCCCCCCCCUUUUUUUUCUUUCGGGAAUUUUUCCUGUAGUGGCGCGAAAAGGAAGCGAUGAUGGGGCCGGGGAUUAUGGAUGCUGUGGUGGCCGACCUCAAGGUCUUCGGGCUGGAUUUCGCGGAGGGGGAAGACCAGGACGCCAUUGCCGAGAAAUUAGAAGAAAUCUGCAUGACGGGAUGGGUAUCGAAGUCGGAGUUAGGAAACGAGCUGGUCGCUUUUGCUAUGCGCAAGGAAGCUCUUCUUUUGACUCUGGAAAACUUACUUACCUUCGAACAUGAGAUGGUGAGCAAGAAGUUAACAAAGCCCUCCAGAAAAAAGGAUGGUCGCUGGUCCAACACGGGGGAUAUCGGCUCCGUUCAAGACUCUAUGGAGGUUGACGAGGAAGAAGAGGACUUGCUGGAUACCUACGCAUCGCCUUCAAAAGUAAGCGGGUAAUGGAUGAGUCACGUAUCUCCUUCAGGGUGACUUGUAGAAGGAGAUCCCUGUUGGGGGCGAGGGCCCAGGAAUGACACAAAACCUACUUUUGUGGCUCAGCAGCUGAAAUCUUGGGAUAGACUGCCUCUCAGACUGGAGGCUCUAUUCUAAU